ACGCAGGAAAUGGGGGACAACGCGUGACGUGGCAACCUCUCUCUCUCUCUCUCUCUCUCUCUCUCUCUCUCUCUCUCUCUCUCUCUCUCUGUGCGUGUGUGUGUACUUUCUCUCUCUCUCUCACAGAGUCGCCGUCAGGGGCGAAGGAUUCUUGCUGUCGACGUGUCAAUUUGCCCACAUAUUCGCCGAUAUGGUGGACGUGGGAACGUCCGCAUAAUGAGGGAGCAUUAGACGAGCCUGUCAGACAGAGAGCUGGAACGUGAAUGACGUAGGCUGUCGCUCGGCAAGGAAAGUGACGACUCCCUUCUUCCAUUGCACGUCCUUCAUGAUUGUUCGGUGCAAUUUUUGUGUUUCUGACAUUCUCUCUCUCUCUCUCUCUCUCUCUCUCUCUCUCUCUCUCUCUCUCUCACACACACACCUUCACAUGGUGUAUGCAGCUAUACCCUAGCCUGUCUAUCUUCCCCGGUAUCGCUUUUUGUCUUCAAGACCCAACAACAACAACAACGACAACAACGUCAACAUCAACAACAACAAGGAGAACAACGACAAACAAAGCGCACGCACAAGCACGCACACACAAAACAGAUACAGAGACAUACACAGCACCCAGGCACAGAGGUACACUCACGAACACAUCGCCGCACGCAUCAGUCGCAAACGCACGCGCACACACCAUACGAAGAGAGAGACGCACGCACCAUACGAAGGGAAAGGCUGCUUCACGAAGUCAGUGCGGGAGAGGAAGAGAGCGGGGGAGAGGGGAGGGGCUACUGAUGUAGCCAGUUUACUAGCGCUGCCGUGUUGAGCGGCGCGGGGAGACGAGGGGUUGUUUUAGGGGAUUUGCCUGCCGAAUCGAUGAUGAGAAGGAAGGGAAUUUCGGCGGCAUGAUUUCGGGAAGCUUUAUCAGGGGCAGGGGGGAGCUCGUGGAUAGGGUGGGGCGAGCAAAGCGGAGAGCCCGCAGCUGCGCUUCGGGGGUGUCACCGACAUGGGGAAGGGGCGGGGGAGGGGGAGGAUGGACGAAGAGGUGUUCGGCGGAGGACCCGAAGUCAGAUCGAGCAAGGAAAGCGACGAUUACGUUUCGUUUGAUUGCCCUGUUGGUGCUCCUCCUGAUGCCGGUUGUGGGACCGGCUGGAGGCGCCAGCCACUGGAAAGUCAAUGUGGAAACAGGUAUGAUUGAGAAGGUUCAGGUUGUGCGAGAUCCCAGUGGCGCAACAGGAGGGGGGGGAGCUGCGGUUGCUGCUGCUGACGGCGACAAGAAGAAAGCGCCGCCAGACGGGGGAGACAAGCAGCAGCAGGCUUGCCAAGGUGGUUUGCAAGGCGCAGCCGCCGUCGGAAGCCGACGUCCUUCGACCAGGCAUAACAGGGUCGGGGUCAUUAGAGAGUUGGGACGGCCGUACAAAUUCGAGGAUGGGCGGUUGGGAUCGCUUCAGCUUCAUCGAGUGGAAGAGAACGAGGGGAAUCUGGGGAGUGCUGCGUAUUCCCCAGGUUGGAUUCCGUCGAGCGGCGGUGUCGGCCCGGGUGGCGCAGUCGAUGACGGUAUGUUCGUCGUGAGCGAGAAAGCCACCAUGGCCAUCUUUGCCCAUGUCGCGGCGUCCGAUCGCAGCGGUGACGGCGGCGGCGGCGGCGGCGGAAGCAGCAAGGGGUGGUGGUGGCGGUCAUCCUUCGGCGGCGGCCAGAAUGACCCACAGGCAUCGCGCAACGAGGAGAUGGAGAUGGGCGCGAUGCUGGUGCACGGGCUUCAGGAAACUGCCGUCUCGAGCGUGGGAGGAAUCGGAGAAGAGGAGGUGGUAGGUGGUAAUACCCGGUUAGGUGGAGGAGGAGGAGGAGGAUCGGACGACCAGCGUUCCCCUGGUCGAUGUGACUGUGCUUGCCGCCGGAGUGGCUGCAGCGGAAGCGAUGACAGCAGCAACGCCAAGGCGCGCCAUGGCGGCGCGCUGAUCGCCAGUGGCGCGGAGCCCGAGUGUCCGAUGUAUUCCGAAGAGGAAAUUAGUCUCGAGGGGGGUCCUGUGGAGGGUAGGACGAAGCCUGAGCACGAACUCGGUGACCUAUUCGCGCGCUAUGGGGGGGUGGAGGCCGCGCUUGAGGUCUUGCAACGGGCGGCGGAAGUGAACCCUUCCGAUCCGAGGGUGUGGAACGAGCUGGGCAACGCGCACCGAGCAAGGGGAAAUGCAGAUCGCGCGGUGGAGAGCUUCAGCAAGGCCUUGCAAAUCCGCAAGCACCCCAACAUUUACCUCAAUCUUGGCGGCGUCCACUACUUAGCCGGGGAUCUGCAUCAAGCGGAACGAAUGUUCCGCGAGGGAUUGAAGUUGAAUUCCGAUCACUGGAUGCUGCACUUUAGCCUCGCAAACACGCUGCUGAGUCGAGGAAUGAAAGAGGAAGCACUCAAGAGCUUUGAAGAGACGCUGCGGUUGACCCCCGAUUUGCAAUCGGCGCAGCUGAAAGUGCAUGCGCUGCAAAUGCAGGUGCAGGAGGGAUGGUGGCCAGAGCCCUCCGUGUGGGCUAUGUUCGGUAGUUUCUGCAUUUUCUGCAUCCUUGUCCAGAGAAUGAUUCAGUUCUGUGUGGUGGGGAGAGGCGGAGCGGCAUCAUCUGUGGGCGAGUCUAAGGGCAUAACCAAAGCAGAUCAGCAGCAACAACAACAACAACAGCAGCAGAAUCCAUAUCAGUAUCAGCUGCAACAACAGCUGGUAGGGAAGAAGAAGAAGCUGAAAUGCCCGUGAUCGUGAUUGAGCAGAACGGGACGGUCGCAAGGAGAGGGGGAACACAGUAGAUAGGUAGGUAGGUGGGCGAGUUCUUGUCUGUCUCUCUCGUAGGUCGGGUGCGCGAUUGUGUCGUUGAGAGAGUUGAGUUGUCCAUGUGUAAUGGGCGUGGUUGGUAUAGGAAAUGGGGACCCAUUGUGCGCAGGCGAUCUAGUGUUAGGAGGAGGAGGUGCCACGUGGCACGAGGAGAGACGACGGCAAGCAAAGAGUUGGCCGGAUGGAGCGAAAACUACAAGCAUAGAGCUGGCAGGAUGUAAGGUAUAAGGGGAUGCAGCUGGAGACUUGUCGCUUUGGCAAGCUGGUUCUGUGGCUAUGCAGUAGUUUGCGGGAGGCAAGGUAGGUUAUCAAUCAAUCAAUCAAUCAAUCAAUCAAUCAAGAACGC